UACCUCUCUUUCUUUCUCAUUUCUCAUUUCUUUCAUUCUCAUUUCUCAUUAAUUUUCUGUUAUUUACAAUAAUCACAGGCGUCCGGAAGGAUUUUGAUUAUGAGGAUUUGAGUACUAUCAGUUACUGGUGAUCGGAACCUGGCAUUCCUGGGUGAGCGGAACUGGCUAACGUGGUGAAUUUAACUUUCAGAAUGCCGGGAGAAGUGGAUAAGUCUUGGAUGUUUGAGAAUGAUAGGUUUGGUAAAGUAUACAAAGAUGGGGUAAAAAAAUUUCAUUCAAUAUACAUCUACAUAUGGUCUUUGGAAAACCAUUCGUCCUUGCCCAUGUUCUAGAUGUCUAAAUGGGGGUCGUCUCGAUAUUAAGAAAGUGCAACAGCAUUUGUACCGGUAUGGUAUCGACAAGACGUGUAUCACAUGGGUCCUUCAUGGUGAGAAGCAGCUGCCGGUUAAUAGUGCAAUGAGUAAUCCAGUAGAGAGUGUUUCUAAUGAGCAAGUUAGAGAAGAUGUAUUUCCAGAUUUGACUCCUUUUAUUGAUGCUGCAUUUGAAGUUCAUGGAAGGAAUGGUGGUGGUGUUUUCAUCGAUGAUGCGAAUGGGACAGAGGAUGAUAAUGAGGAACCAUUUGAGUUUGAACCAGAUGCGCAAAAACGAUACGAAAAGUACAAAAAAUUGGCUGAACAGAAAUUGUAUCCUACUUGUGAAGGCAAGGUCAGUACACUCUCGGCGAUCGUGGAGCUGCAGAAUAUAAAGAAACAGUUUGGAAUAUCAGGUAAUUGUGUGACCAAAUUGUUGGAAAUGAUAAAGGUAUGGCUACCAGAAAAAAACACGAUGCCCAGUAGAUAUACUGAGAUGAAGUCAAUUAUGUUAGGUCUGGGUAUGAAAUGUAAGGCUAUUCAUGCGUGCCCAAAUCAUUGUAUUUUGUACUAUAAGGAGCAUGAAGAUGCAACAAGCUGUCCGCAAUGUAAAGAACCAAGAUUCAAGGUCAAACAAGGGAAAUUUGGGCCAAAGCAGACAAAGGAACCUUCGAUGGUGCUGAGACACUUUCCCGUUGGAGAAAGACUUAAGAGAUAUUAUAGUACACCUUCGAUAUCUGAAGAAAUGACAUGGCAUGAUCGAGCUGAAGUUUCUAGUGAGUACAUGUGUCAUCCGGUAGAUUCACAUCAGUGCGCUUUAGUGAAAAAGAAAUUUCCAGAGUUCGCAAAGGAGGGAAGAAAUGUGUGGUUUGGAAUUUCAACCGAUGGGUUCAAUCCGCAUGGUACGCAGAAUUUAAGCUGGAUUUGUUGGCCUGUGAUUUUGGUGAUGUAUAAUCUUCCACCUUCAUUGUGCAUGAAAUCUGAGUUUCAAAUAAUGUCGUUGUUGAUCCCAGGGAGAAAGUCGCCUGGACAAGACAUAGAUGUGUUUCUACCACCACUAGUAGAUGAACUGAAAGACUUUUGGGAGAAUGGAAUGAAAAGUUUAUGAUGCCCACAGAAAGGAAUACUUUCUACUUAGAGCUUGCCUAAUGUGAGGGACUCAUGACUUGCCAGCACAAGGUGUUUUGUCCGGAUGUACUACUCAUGGUUAUUUUGCUUGUGUUUGUUGUGCCGACAAGACAAGAAGUGUUCAUUUGCCUUAUGGUAAUAAGGAGGUCUAUCCUAAUUAUAGGAUAUUCCUUAAGACUGGCCAUCCAUUUAGAAAAAAGGGUGGCACUUGGGUCUGAGUACAGAUGAGUUUAACUUUGCUCCAAAGCGACUGACUAGAGAGGAGUCAUUAGAAAAAUUAUCUCUUGUGGAUUACACACAUGUAAGUUAGUAAAGAGAAAAUUAGUAAAGAGAUACGAUCCUGAUAAUGACAACGUUCUUGAAGAAGAUAAUCAAGUCACUGGUGCAUUCUACAAGAAGUGUAUUUGGUGGGAUCUUGAAGUCUAUCAUAUGGUCUAUUUACGGCAUUGUGUUGAUGUAAUGCACACCGAAAAAAAUGUUAUGGAACACAUAAUGGAGACAAUAUUCGAUCAUAAUAAUAAGUCUAUGAGUUCAUGGAAUGCACGGGAAUAGUUAAAGAAGCUAGGUCUUCAUUGUGGACAGUGGACUACAAAAAAUCGUAUUACUGGAGCUGAUGUAAAACCAACACCAGUGUUUGUUCUGAGCAAAGAAGAAAAGUUUGAUUUCUGCAAGAUUCUUAAAGACCUAAAACUUCCUACUGGUUUCUCGUCGAACAUUAGCAACAAUGUUAAUAUGAAAACGCUGAGUAUCAGUAGCUUGAAAUCACACGAUUAUCACGUCAUUAUGAUGUAUUUGCUUCCAGUUCUACUUCAACAUGCUUUUCCUCGUCACAAAGAGUUGCGAACAACACUUCACCAAAUCAGCUUGUAUUUCAGAAUUUUGUGUUCUAAAGUCUUGUGUAAAAGUGAUCUCGAAAAGGCUCGAUUCAUGGUUGCCGAAGCAAUGUGUAUGCUUGAGAAGUACUUUCCAGCUUCCUUUUUUGAUAUCUGCAUCCACAAUAUGGUUCAUUUGGCAGAUAAGGCUUUGAUUUGUGGACCCGUCAGGUUUCAGUGGAUGUAUCCUUUUGAAAGGGCAAUGAAGGACUGCAAAAACAUACCAAAUAACAAAAGAUUCAUUGAAGGGUCUAUUUCAGUGUCCCGUCUUUUACAAGAGUCUGUUAUGGGUGCGAUGGAGUGCAUGCCAAAUGCAAACGAUGGAAAUCACAAAGCUACUUGGGAAGCCUUUUUAAGACCAGAUGCGGAGUUCAGUGAUGUGGGUUCUAUGCUUAAAGAUAAAAAAGUGACCCUAACCAAUGUACAGUUUGUACAAAUACAUAGGUGGGUACUCUUUCGAUUAAAUCCUUCGGGUCUUGACGCCUAUUAUAGGGAGUUCUGUGACACCCUCUUACCGAUCUUAGAUUCUACUGGUAAGGAGGUCACGGUUGAUGAGGUAGAAACACAAACAAAGUUCAUUCCAUGGUUGGUUGAAAAGCUAGUGAAAGAGAAAAAAACAGAUUCGGUUUUGUGGAGAUUGGCACAAGGUCCUGUUGGAGCGACAGAGUAUAUAAAAUAUCGCGUAAAUUGUUUUGUGUUUUCUCCUAGAUCUUAUGAAGAAGACCGUGAUACCCAAGAUAGUGGUGUCUGCGUAGAGGCAUAAACCACGUUUAGGAGGAACAAAGGUGAUACAUCUCCUGAAACUCACUUAUCAAAGUGGUAUGGAGUGAUCAACCAAAUCCUAGAAUUGGACUAUACCACUUUUUAUGAGACUGUGUUCUACUGUGACUGGGUGAAGGUAGGCAGUGGAAUCAAAAUUUGUCCAGAUUCCAAUCUGGUUUUGGUAAAGUUGAACAGUAUGAAAAGUUCCAGUAAAAUAUAUGACGAACCGGAAAUUCUAGUUGAAGAGGCAAGCCAGGUCUUUUACUCCAAAGAUUUGAAAAGACCUGAUCAGUGGGUUGUUAUUCCUUCACUAAAGGGGUUAACGAUAAAGGUAGACGAUCUUGAGAAGCCUAGUCCCGGCAGCUUUCAAAAUGUUCUUGUCGAUGAACCCCAUUUGGAUUGUUUGCUUAAUGUUUAUGGUGCGAAGAGGCCAAGAGUGGUGCCAAGAAGGCGAGCAUAGCCAGUGUAAUUUCUGAUGAAGAACCUAGAAUCAUUUGCAUCAAACAGGAGAUGGUGAGUCCAUUAGGAGCAUGAAAUUUUGUCGCGACUUAACUAAAGUACAGAACACUACCUAAGAAACCGAAAGAUCCGGCUAUGUAUGUAUGGUCAUGGAGUGGAAGUAGAAAUUCUGACAUUCUACUUUACAUUCCUGCUAUAUCAUAAUAUUAAUACUACAAUCUCUUUUUGUUUUAGUUAUUGAUUAGUGACUCCAAAUCCUACAAUCUCUUUACAUAAUAUUAAUGCUACAGUCUCGUUUAUGUGCA